AUGACCAAAGAAAUACAACUCGCGGCAAAAAUGGGUGGUGCUGACCCUACUUUGAAUAUUCGAUUAGCAGCUGCUCUCGCAGCUGCUAAAAAAGCAAAUGUUCCCAAAGAUAAUAUUGAUAAUGCUAUUAAGAGGGCAACAGGUCAAAAAGAUGAGAAUGCGAUCGAAAGCAUUACAUACGAAGGAUAUGGGCCUAAUGGAGUUGCAUUCAUAAUAGAGACUUUGACGAACAAUAGGAAUAGAACAGUAAAAGAUAUCAAAUCGAUUUUCACAAAACAUGGUGGAUCAAUGAGUACUGUCAAUUGGAUGUUUGAAAAAAAAGGUCAGAUUCAAUUUUCAAAAGGCAGUACGCAAGAUUCAGUUGAUGCAAUGAUUGAAAAUGCGAUGGAAAUCGAUGGUGUUGAAGACAUACAAGAAUUAGAUGAUGAUUUACUAGAAAUCACAUGUCAAAAUAAUGCCGUCAACGCCAUAUCGGAAAACUUGACUAAAAAAUACCGAUACGCGGUUACUUCAAUGCGAUCUGGAUAUAUACCGACGACAACUAUUCCAUUGGUUGAGGAUGAAGAGCGUGAUAAAGUAAUGGCAAAAUUUGUAAAUGCUUUGAAUGAUCAUGAGGAUGUGGUUGAAUUUUAUAAUAAUGCUGUAAUUGGUGAAUAG